CUGGAAGAUGGCGGUGUCCAUGGCGAGGUUCCUAGCUUCCCUGUCCUGGUUACUGGUCUUUACUGGAAUAUUUCACACCGUUUGUGCGGAAAUCGCGGCUGGGACGGCAGCCGCAGGGGACAUUCCCCAUCGGCGCUUUGAGUACAAGUAUAGUUUUAAAGGACCGCACUUGACUCAGAGCGACGGGACGGUGCCCUUCUGGGUGCACACUGGAAGUGCCAUUCCCAGUGCGGAUCAGAUCCGGAUAACACCCUCACUGCGUAGCCAGAGAGGUUCUGUGUGGACCAAGUCUCCAGUGACCUUUGACCAGUGGGAGGCGGAGGUUUCAUUCCGCGUGUCUGGACGCGGGAGGACUGGUGCUGAUGGGCUGGCAAUAUGGUUCACGGCUAAUCAGGGGUUGGAAGGACCGGUCUAUGGGGCCGCUGACCAAUGGAACGGAGUGGGAAUAUUCUUCGACUCCUUUGACAAUGAUGGGAAGAAAAAUAACCCAGCCAUCGUCGUAGUCGGGAAUAACGGGAAGCUUGUUUAUGACCAUCAGAAUGAUGGGUCAACCCAAGCCCUUGGCACAUGUCUUAGAGACUUCCGGAACAAACCCUACCCUGUCCGUGCCAAAAUCAUCUAUUACCAAAGAACACUCACGGUCUGGAUCAAUAACGGCUUCACUCCAGAGAGAGAAGAUUACGAGUUCUGCACCAAAGUGGAGAACAUGAUCAUUCCACAAUCCGGAUACUUUGGAAUCUCAGCUGCCACGGGUGGAUUAGCAGAUGACCAUGAUGUUUUAUCCUUCCUGCUCUUCAGAUUAACUGAACCUGGACAAAAUUUGCCCCCACCUGAACAAGAGAUUCCCAAAGAAGAGCAGGACAAGUACCAGAAGGAAUUUGAGAAUUUCCAAGAAGACCUCAAGACAAAGAAAGAGGAGUUUCAGAAGGAGCACCCUGAGGUCCAGGGGGGGCCGUUCGACAUGUACGAGAGCGUGAGCGAGCGUGAGCUGCAGCAGGUGUUCGAGGGUCAGAAUCGCAUCCACCUGGAGAUCAAACAGCUGAACCGCCAGUUGGCCAUGAUCCUGGACGAGCAGCGCCGCUACGUGUCUGUGAUCACGGACGAGGUCGCCAAACGCUCGGCCGGACAGGCCCCCAGUCAGGAAAUGGACACGGUAAUGUCGAACCAGCGGGAGAUCCUGCAUGGUCUGAACGAGCUGAGAACCACAUUCACAGCCUCCCUAAAACAGCUCACCUCAGAAGCACAGGGGAACGCUGGAGGUCUGGGCUCUUAUGAGACCAUCCAACACUUCAACGACAUCAAGGAGCAUCUGCAUGUGGUGAAGAGGAACGUCGAGCACAUCAUCCAGAAGAACGCGGCUCCCGUUGAGAAGAUGAAGUGUCCUGAACUGCCCCCUCCCUCAGCCUGCCUUUCCACAACACCCUUUGUGGUUGUCGUGGUGAUUCAGACGGUCCUGUUUUUCGGAUACGUCAUGUACAAAAGCCAACAGGAAGCAGCAGCUAAGAAGUUCUUUUGAUGAAACAGUUGAUUGGUUAACACAGCACAGUAUGUAGAUGAGGGAUUGUCUGUUUGUGUUUGUUUUGAAAGCUGUAAAUUAUUUACUUGACCAACUAAAGUAUUUGGUUGUUUUUCUUUUCCUCAAUAUUUUUUAAAUUCAGUCUGAAUUGUACAGGGUGUGAAUGUUCUUCCAUGCGUGUAUGGAGUGUAUUGAUCCCCAAAUAC